GUCACACUGCUGAUUGCCUUCAUCUGUGUGCGAAGCUCCGCCCCUCCCAUCGACUAUGGCGCCUACAGCUUCUUUGAGGUAGUCACCAUCUGCGACCUCAUAAUGAUUCUCAUCUUUUACCUGGUCCAUCUCUUCCGCUUCUACCGUGUGCUCACCUGCAUCAGCUGGCCCCUGUCGGAACUCCUGCACUAUGUAAUCGGCACCCUGCUUCUGCUCAUCGCCUCCAUCGUGGCAGCCUCCAAGAGUUACAACCAGAAUGGCCUGGUAGCGGGAGCGGUCUUUGGGUUCCUGGCAAGUUUCCUCUGCCUGGCAAGCUUGUGGCUGUCCUACAAGAUCACUUAUAUAACCCAGACAGAUGCAUCUGCCUGACAAGGCCAUCGCCCUCUGUUCCCUCAAAAGGGCCUGCAGGAUGCAGGCUCAUCCCAGGAGGACCCCAGGCAUGGUUAUGGACUGCUCAGGUGACAAGGCCUGUACCUUCCCUGGCUUGGCCAGGACACUGGGCUCCUGAGCAUCAAGCAGCUCCAGCCUCCUUCCAGCCUGCCACAGAGGACACUCCUCCACUCUGGGCUCUUAGCACAGACACUCAGGUACCAAGGACUGCACUGAGUACAGUGGAGAGACUUCUGGAUCCACCUGCAUAGACGACCCGCCUUUGUUCAUACCCCUCAGGACCAGAGUCCUCAUGGAAGCAUCGGAGCCCAAUUUAUCUGGCCUAUCUAUCAAUCUGGUCUUGAAGAGCCUCUGUCCUAAGUGAGGAGCCAGCAGAAACACUAUAUGGCCACUCUGUUUCUCCGGUCCCUUUCUCUGCCUUUGUCGUGGUGUGUGUGUGAGUGGGAGAGUGUGGUUUUUAAUAAAACAUCAGUCAACUGCA